UGUCUCAUUGCCUGCCCGUGGCCUACAUACAGGCCAACCCGUAGAUAGUUAAUAUACUUCCUUAACUGUCAUCUAACAGUUUUCAAACUGUGAUCGUCCUAUUUGCUACUAUGGGUGGUGUCCAAAUCGGAUGUGUUAUCCUUAUCUUGGUAACAUUUGCUCAUGCCUUUGAAAUAUGCUCCGAGAAACAAUUCGACGGGACUUAUAAGACAAAGACCUGCCUUAACUCGUGUUGUGGCGUCACGUACUUUAAGUACUGUUGUAGCUCGAGCAUCAGCACCAGAACCACUUACUUCACCACAUCCUACACGUGGACCACAGGAGCCAUUGUCGGCAUCGUCAUUGGCGUAAUCGCGUUCAUCGGUCUCAUCGUGGGAAUCAUCAUCUGCUGUGUCUGCUGUUGUAGGUCAUCACAAGGACAAAGAGGUCACGUAGUGCAAAACCAACAACAAAUGACUGUAGUAUCAGGAACAACAAACACAUCAUAUACUCCUGGGUAUGGCUACCCAGCUCAAGCGACUCCAGGGGCAUACCCACCUGCUCCAAACUACGCUCAACCUCAGAAGGGAACAUACCCGCAAGGUGCAGCAUACCCACCCCCACAAGGUGGAGUAUACCCACCCCCACAAAGUGCAGCAUACCCACCCCCACAAGGUGGUGUAUAAUCGGAGUGUAACUUCCCCAACAAGGAGCUACCUUUUCCCCACCAAGGGCAGUUGCCACCCUCCAGCUUUCGAAGAUAUAAUAUUAUUUCGAAUUAUAUAAUUAGCACCAUAAAAGAACGUUACGAAAUUCAAAUGCUAGCACAUAUCCCACAUGAUGUUACACAAUAUCAUCACUUACUUAUCGAACGCUUCAUCUCAUGGCAGCAAUAUUUGUUGGUGACAAGAGCUUCAUAUUUUGUAACUUUCUUCCAGUGUCUGUACAUUUAUAACCCGUUAUGUAUAAUGCUUAUUCUUCCGACCAACAAAGGUAACUGAUGUGUUCGUUUCACGAAAAGGAAGAAAGGCAUAUUUAAGAUGUGUACCAGUGCUUUGUGUAUAUUUAAUGUUUUUUAAGUGUGUUUGUCCAUAUAAUACAUAUCAUAUCGACUACUUUUCCACACUGUAACUAGACAAAUCCAUUUCAACCUUCAACAAUAAAAGUAUUUUUCUACAA